AAGUCUGAGAGUAAGUGCCCUGCCUCAUUGCAGCUCCUGAACUCCUAAUGAGAAUUCAUCUGGCGCGGAGAUGCAGCCACCUCUGGGGCGGGGAAGCUGGGGAACAGCUGCAUAUACCACUGCACAGGGAUGGCUCGUGCGGCGUGGAGAUGCAGCCAUCUCUGGGGCAGGGCAGCUGGGGAAGAGCCGCACAGCGGAUGGGGUUGCUGCUGACAGUGUCUGGUUGCUCCCAGGGGAUGUGGAUUGUCCCAGCCGGAGAUCUCUGCCUGGGGAAGAGGUUCAUCACAGCAAGGAGACAUCGCUAAUUCUCCCACCCCUGACCACUGAGAAAGUGGGGAGAGACUCCACACCCCAGCCCUCGGGGGGCCCUGCGGUCACCCGCUGCCCCGAGCGCUGGAGGGACAAGGCUCCGCUCCCCGCGCACCUGCAGCCUCCGGUGGCUCCGGCCCAGCUGGGGAAGCAGCGUCUGGGCUCCACCGCAUCUGUCUGCAGCCGCCAGAGCUGUAAAUCCACCGCCUCGCACAUCCAGGAGGUGGCUGGGGAUGACCGCUGCGCUCACUGUGCCCUGGCCUGUCUGUUCUGCGAGUUCCUGGCGCUGUGCUCCCUGGCGCUGGACGGCCUGGACUGUGGGGCGCUGUGCCUGGCGGGGGGGUGCUGCGCUGGGGGGGACCCCCCGGGUCAGGGCUGCGGGGGAGGUGGCUGCCCCUGCGGAGUGGGGUGCGGGCUCCUCCAGGACUGCUGCGACCCUGCCGACUGCCUGGACAUCUGUCUGGAGUGCUGCUCCAUCUGCUUCCCCGUCUGACCCAGGGGCAGGGGCUAAGCCCCCCCCCCCAAAGAACGCCACCCUACUCGGUAAGGGCCCCCAGCUCCUCACGAUCCCACCCCAUUCCUGUCUGGUCCGAAUCCUGGCUCUCUAUGGGCUGAGCCCUGCCCUGCCCUGCCCGACCCAGCCGGUGAUGUCAUUGGAUGGGCCGAACCACGCCCCCAUGGAGGGUGAUGUCACCCAGUGGCCCAAGCCACACUUCCACUUAUGUCAUUCAAGGGGACAAAGCCUAUUGGCUACUCACCUGGGAGGUCCUCCCAAUGCAACAAGCCGCACCCAACUUAC